AAAAAAUAAAAUAAUAAAAUAAAGGAAAAUAAAAAAAACGGCAGAAGGGAAGAGAGAAUGAUAUUCCCGUCGGUUUUUUUCCGUGUCAGAGCAUCGUUUGUUGCGCAGAGCGGCGAUACCACCGGGAGGGGGGCACAUUUUCUCCUGGUCUGAGAAGAAGACCAGCGGCGGACGCGUUUUAAAAAAGGAAAACCAAACGCUCGUUCCUGACAGACCGACAAAGACACUGCAGGGUCUCCUUUUAUUUUGAAAGUCCCUUCAUCCCAAAGCACCUAGGCGGGAGCAAAGCCAGUCAAACCCAACGUCCUCACUCGUGGAGGGCCGAUUUGCUUUUUUUUCCAAUUCACCCUCAUUUUGGACGACCGGAGAGGCUUCGAUCUGCCCUUUUCACUGGACCAUUUUUAUUCCAAAAUAUCCGCUGCGGGCUGAGGAGGUAGCUUGCUUUCAGUGUUACAUAACCGAGUGGUUUAGCUGUCCAAGGUGCUGAACUGGGCGGUCGGAGCCAUAACGGGACGAGCUGAGGGGAAUUCUCAACCUUGCAAGGUCACGGGCCUAUCAAUCGGGAGGAGGAAAAGCACUGGAUCCCAUCUCACGGAACCGACGGGGAGCCGGGAUAUAUUCGUAGACACAUCCAUUUCUUUUUUUUUUUUACUUCGGCCAGUGGUAGCAUAGAGUCCUAGGGUGGUUGACUGAACGGAGAUAAAAUGUCGGGGCAAACGCUCACGGAUCGCAUUGCCGCUGCGCAGUACCAGCUAACGGGAUCAGAUAUGGCCCGAGCUGUCUGCAAAGCCACCACUCACGAAGUGAUGGCGCCCAAGAAAAAGCACCUGGAAUACCUGGUGUCGGCCACCAACACCACCAACGUGAACAUUCCUCAGAUGGCCGACACGCUGUUUGAGCGAGCCACCAAUGCCAGCUGGGUGGUCGUCUUCAAGGCUCUCGUCACCACUCAUCACAUGUGUGUCCACGGCAAUGAGAGGUUCAUUCAGUACCUGGCUUCCAGAACCUCCCUGUUCAACCUCAGCAACUUCAUUGACAAAACUGGCUCUCAUGGCUAUGACAUGUCCACAUUCAUCAGGCGGUAUGGACGGUACCUGAAUGAAAAAGCCUUCGCCUACCGCCAGAUGGCUUUUGACUUCACCAGAGUCAAGAAAGGCGCGGAGGGAGUGAUGAGAACCAUGACCACUGAGAAGCUGCUGAAAGGCAUGCCUGUUCUGCAGACUCAGAUCGACACACUCCUGGAGUUUGAUGUUCACCCCAAGGAGCUGAACAACGGGAUCAUCAAUGCUGCAUUCCUGCUGCUCUUCAAGGACCUGGUCAAGCUGUUUGCCUCUUACAACGAUGGAAUCAUCAACCUAUUAGAGAAAUUCUUCAAGAUGAAAAAAAGUGAAUGUAAGGAGGCCUUGGAGAUUUACAAACGGUUCCUGACAAGGGUGACAAAAAUCGGUGAAUUCAUGAAGCUGGCAGAGACAGUUGGAGUUGAGAAAAAUGACAUUCCUGACAUUAACUAUGCCCCCAGCAGUAUCCUGGAGUCUCUGGAAACACACAUGAACGGUUUGGAAGAUGUGAAAGGAGGUGGAAAGAAGGGGUCUCCAACAAAGGGGUCUCCAACAAACAAUGUCUCCCCAACAUCAACUCCUGCCAAAUCUUCAAACGCUGUCCCCGCGCUGCAGCCUCCUCCUGGAGACGGAGCUGCCGGGGCCGCCGGCCCAGCUGCUCCAGAACCCGCUGAAGACUCUCUGUUGGACCUGGAUCCACUGUCCUCCACUGGUCCCACAGCAGCAUCAGCUGCUCCGACAUCUUGGGGAGAUCUUCUUGGAUCAGAAAUGGGCGAUUCCUUGCUAUCCGAACCCACCCUCACUGCAGAGCCCACCCCCUCCCCUGCAGCAGCAACACCCACUCCUGCAGCCGCAGAACCUGGAGUCCCUCUAGCUCCUCCCACUAGUACAGCCGCCGCCACUUCCCCAGGCACCGCCAAUAUGGAUCUGCUGGGAGAUGCCUUUGCAACACCUGUUCCUGCCACUGAGGCCUCUGCUGCAACAAGUGAGGGUGGGGCUGCUGCUACCACCACCACAGCCACCAAUGCCGGAGCUGACGGUAGUACCACCGCAGCGCCUUCAGGUGUAGAUCUUUUCGGGAUGAUGACGGUGGACAGUAAUAGCUCCCUGGACGCCUGCUUUAGCUCUGUGGUGCCCCAGCCCUCCCCCUCCCCUUCCCCCCUCUUCACCUCCUCAUCCAACACCAUCACCACCACUGCCACCAUUUCAGCCUCAGAUGCCACCGGGCCUGGAACUGACCUUUUCAGCGAUAUCUUUGACUCCAUGCCAGAACCGAGCCUCUCCAGAGCCGACCCCUCCCCCGGUGCUGACCUGUUUUCAGCAGCCGAUGCCUUCAGCUCCCCUGCCCCCAUCCUCUCCUCAGCACCCCCACCCAAAAUUGACACAGGAGCCAUCAUGAGCCUGUUUGGUGAGUCUGCAGGAGGAGACGCUCCAGCUGCCGCUGCCCCCGCCCCUGGCGCCGAGCUGAUGUCAGUAUUUGAUGGCCUAGGAGAUGUAAUGAUGCCAACUGUGACCCCUCAAGCGGGUGAUGUUGACACAUCCAUGGCUAACAUGGCCAGUAACCUGACAAUGGGAACUCCAGCCGCUCCUCAGGUAGCUCCCCCCUGUUGGGGUGCUCCCAUGGCUGGGGCGCCAGGUGGCGGAGCACCCAUGAUGCCGAUGACCAGACCAGGAUUCUCUUCCCCCGGAGUGACCCCAGGGGCACCGAUGUCUCCUGGAAUGGCCCAGAGCCCCAGAAAGCCCCCACCACCCCGGAAUGCUCUGGAUGACCUAAAUAUUAAAGACUUCAUGUAG